AUGUGGUACCUGAAGCCUUUGUUACCGGCCUUCUUGCUCGUCGCAUCCGCUGUGGUAAGGGCGGCUGUGGUGCCAAUCUCCGACUCCCCUGCUGUAGCGUUGAACAACGCUACGCUGCUUUCGCGCGCCGCGACCUUCCAAAAUCCAAUCAAGCAGACCGAUGGGAGUGACCCGUUCAUGGUUUACCACGAAGGCUACUAUUAUUUGACAACUACGACUUGGACCAACAUCCAGAUCACGCGAGCUACUACGAUCGCGGGUCUAAAGACGGCUACCCCUAAAGUUGUCUGGACGGACAGCACGGCGUCCAGAUGCUGCAAUAUCUGGGCGCCAGAGAUUCACUACGUGGACGGCGCGUGGUACAUCUACUAUUCCGCCGGCACAUCGGACACGUUCGACAACCAGCGCUCGCAUGUGCUCAAGGGCAGCUCGAACAUCAUCUGGGACUCCACCUGGUCGUAUGCCAGCCGUCUCGUCAUUCCAAACCGCGAUACAUGGGCCAUCGAUGGCACCGUCCUCGUCACGAGCAGCGCCAACUACUUCGUUUACUCGAGCUGGGACGGGGACAACCAGUGCUUGUGGAUCUCACAAAUGACCGGCGCCACGACGCUCGGAAACACAGUCAAGAUCUCGACUCCGACAUACGCGUGGGAGCAGGUGGGCGCGAACGUGAACGAGGGUCCGGCGCCGCUGUACCACGGCGGGAGGACGUUCAUGACGUACUCGGCGAGCAACUGCGCGGGGACUGGGUACUCCCUAGGUCGGCUGGAGCUCACGGGCUCAGACCCGCUGAGCGCGAGCAGCUGGACGAAGUACAGCAGCCCCAUCUUCACCUCUGCGAACGGUAACUACGAGCCGGGCCACAACGGCUUCUUCCUGAGCCCUAGCGGAGACGAGAUUUACAACGUGUACCACGCGUCGUCGACCUCGCCCGGACUGUGUGAUGGAUCGCGGUACACAAUGGUCCAGGCCGUUGGGUGGCACUCGGAUGGGACGCCAAAUUUGGGAUCACCCAGGGCGUUGACGGAUAAUGUGCCCGAGCCAAUGUAAGUUUGACUCUAAGAUACAGACCACAGUGAGACUUUGGUCUACGCUGGUUGACGUCUAUGACUUGUAUUCGCACUCGUAUCAUUGAGCCAUGACGCAACAAUCCAAUUCAUUCCUC